GCCGAAGACACUCUCGAUGCAAAGAAAGCAAUCAUCGCUAGAAACAAACGAAGAAAAGCGAAAUUAGACAAAGCAAACCUGAGACUGAAAGCGGAGCUACCUCUGGAAAUCGGCGAUCUAGUCCUGCUGCAAAAUCCUUUGACGAAAAAGUGGAAAGAACGAGGCAUCAUUCUGCGCCAAAGGAACCACGGUAGAUCAUACCAAGUGGAGACGGAAGACGGUUGGACGACAUUAAGGAACCGCAAAUUCUUGAAACGAUGCUUCGAUAGCAAUAAGCAUGAACUCUCCAAGAAAGAAUGCCCCUAG